CGCAUAAAGGGGAAGAUGCGGAUCCAGGCCCAAAAACCCACCAACCAAACCACAGCCGUAUUGCCACCAACACAGACAGCCGAGGAAGGAGCCCGACAGCACAGCCGGGGGAGCCAGGCUCUACUCCUUCCUGAAGAAGAUGACAGCACAGGCUUGGAGCCUGUCGUCGCGGUGGGCCGUGCUGGUGGUGGGGAUUCCUGUUAUGUCCCUGUCACUGUGGAAGGGGUGCCCUGCACUGCGCUGGUGGACACAGGCUCGACAGUGACCCUGGUGAGAUCAGAUGUGUUGCCCAGUGGGACUCAAUUAGAACCGACAGCGGUGCGUCUACGCACAGUCACGGGAGAGCUGGCACCUAUGAAAGGAAAAGGCAUGCUGACUGUGUCGGUGGGGGGAGUUGAAGUGCAGCAUCCGGUGUGGAUAGCAGAUGUACAGGAUCCGUGUAUUCUGGGCUUGGACUUUUUGAGGGCGUCUGGUUGCCACCUGGACCUUCAGGCAGGCACAGUGAGUUUCCACGGGGGGCCUGUGAUCACUAUGACCCGUAUCCACACCCCUGCUGAACCGGCUGGGACACACCCCGUGAGUACCCUGGAAACGGAAAAUAAUCCUCCCUCUUUGCCUUUAUCCCCGGUGACGCCCACUCAGGGCAACUCCACACCUGUCGCCCCCGGCCUGUGCCACCCGACCACAGCCCCUCCCCAGUUACCCCAGACUGGGGUGGAAGAGGCUCAGCCGGCAGUAUGGGAGGUGUGGAGGAAGAACUGUGGCGGCCUUAAUCCCGAGCAGCAAGAGCAAUUGUGGCAGCUGCUGCUAGAGUUCCAGGGCAGUUUCGCCAUGAGUGAGGGGGAGGUGGGCCGAACUCAUCUGGUAGAACACGAGAUUGACACAGGGGACUCGCGCCCCAUCAAGUGUCGCCCUCGCCGACUUCCCCUGGCUCGUCAGCAGGCUUGUGACGAGGCAGUGCAGAGCAUGCUGCAGGCAGACAUCAUCGAGCCCUCCGACAGCCCGUGGGCAGCACCUGUAGUCAUGGUCCCAAAGAAGAUAGGUGGCUGGCGGCUGUGCUCAGACUACAGGCCGGUGAACGGGGUCACUAAGAAGGAUUCAUACCCACUUCCCCGCAUCGAUGAGUCCCUGGACCUGGUCUCCGGGUCGUCGUGGUUCUCCUCCUUGGACCUCCGCAGUGGGUAUUACCAAGUCCCUCUGGCCCCAGAGGCCAGGCCAAAAACUGCUUUCUGCACCGGCCGGGGACUAUGGCAGUUCAAGGUCCUCAGUUUUGGGCUUUGUAAUGCCCCUGCCACCUUUGUGCGGUUGAUGGACAGGGUGCUGUCUGGUAUUCCCCGUCAGCAGUGCUUGGUAUACCUGGACGACAUCCUGGUGCAUGGCGGCUCGUUUGAGGCGGCCCUGGGAUCUCUAAGAGUGGUGCUGGAAAGGAUCAGAGCCGCUGGCCUGAAGCUACACCCAGAGAAGUGCCAUUUCAUGCAGAGAGAGGUCACUUUCCUGGGCCACAAAGUGGGGGGCGAAGGCAUCGGCACCCUACAAGAGAAAGUGCAGGCGGUCGCGGACUGGCCAAAUCCUCGCAACCAGAAGGAGCUGAAGAGUUUCCUGGGCCUGGCCUCGUACUAUAGGAAGUUUGUACGGGGUUUUGCUUGCACUGCUGCACCCCUGUUCCAGCUGCUACAGAAAGACAGUGAUUUCCUCUGGUCUGAGCAAUGUCAAGCAGCGUUUGACAGCCUUCGGCGUGCCUUGAGUGAAGCCCCGGUUCUCGCCCCGGCCAACCCCAGUCUGCCUUUCACCCUGGACACAGACGCUAGCGGAGUGGGCGUAGGCGGAGUGCUCUCACAGACUACACCAGAGGGGGAGCGGGUGGUGGCAUACUUCAGCCGGGCGUUCAACAAAGCCGAGCGACGGUACUGCGUGACUCGCAGGGAACUCUUGGCAGUGGUGCUGUCCAUCAGGCACUUUAAAUACUACCUGUGUGGCCAGGCGUUCACGGUGAGGACUGAUCACUCUGCAUUACAGUGGCUCAUGACAUUCAAGGAGCCAGAAGGGCAGGUCGCCAGGUGGUUAGAAGAGCUCCAAGCUUUCGACUUCAGGGUGGAGCACCGGGCUGGAGUGCGUCACACAAACGCAGACGCUCUCUCCCGCCGCCCGUGUGCCGCCGGCGGAUGCCACUACUGUGAGAAGAGAGAGACCCGUGACAAGGAGCUGCUGGAGGAGGACACCGUCUGUGCUGCAGCUCGUCAAGUUGAAGAGGUCGUUUGCCGGGAGCUCCAGACAGUGGAUGUGGCAGAGUGGAAGCAACAGCAAGAGCUGGACACAGACAUACAGCCUGUACUGCAGUGGGUCGAGGCGCAGCAGCGGCCACCGUGGGAGGAAGUGGCAGUGUUCUCCAAAUCAACCAAGGGGCUGUGGUCUCAGUUUGAGGCUCUGCGCCUGUGUCAGGGCGUACUGCAGCGUGCGUGGAAGGAGCCAGCUACGGGAGAGAAGAGAUGGCAGGUGGUGGUCCCGAAGGGUCUGCAAGAGGCGGUACUCAAGGCCAUGCAUGGAACGGCAGGCUCCGGGCACUUUGGCGUCACUAAGACUCUCCGCCGCCUUCGCCAGGGCUGCUACUGGGGGCGGUGCCGGAGGGAUGUCGAAGACUUUUGUCGCCGCUGUGACCCUUGUAUGGCUCGUAAGGGUCCCCCUGGUCGUUCCCAUGCUCCACUGCAACAGUUUCCCGUGGGGGCCCCAAUGGAGAGAGUAGCGGUUGAUGUGGUGGGGCCUCUGCCUCUGUCAAGCAGGGGUAACCGCUACGUCCUCACUGCCAUAGACUAUUUCACAAAAUGGCCAGAGGCGUAUGCCCUCCCUGAUCAGGAAGCAGUGACAGUCGCAGAUGCUUUGGUGGCCGGCAUGUUCAGCCGGUUUGGAGUGCCGGAGUCCCUGCACAGUGACCAGGGGAGGAACUUCGAGUCCCGGGUGUUCGCCUCCAUGUGCACACAACUGGGCAUGCGAAAAACACGCACCUCCCCCUUGCGGCCUCAGAGCGACGGACUAGUCGAGAGAUUCCAUCGCACCAUGGGCCAGCAGCUGGCCAUCCUCACGUCUCAGCACCAGCGUGACUGGGACGAACAUCUGCCCCUUGUGCUCAUGGCAUGUCGCUCUGCAGUCCAGGAGUCCUCAGCCUGUUCUCCUGCUCUCCUCAUGUUAGGGAGAGAGCUUCGCACCCCUGCUGUUUUGGCGUUUGGUCAACCGCCAGAUUCCCUGGACACUCCUCCAGGGCCUGAGUACGCCAGGAGACUUCAAGACCGCCUGGAUUCCGCUCACGCUUUUGCCCGCGAUCAGCAGAAAAGUGCUGGGGUGAGACAGAAGCGGAACUAUGACACCAGGACAAGAGGGCAGCACUUCCAGGCCGGGGUGCUGGUCUGGGUCUACAGCCCACAACGGAAAAAAGGCCGGUGCCCAAAACUGGACAGCCAGUGGGUUGGUCCCUGCAGAGUACUGGAGAGGGUGGGGGAAGUCGUCUACAGAGUGCAGCUGCCUCCCAAGGGGAGAAAAGUUGUGCUCCACAGAGACAGGUUGGCCCCUUACAGAGGAGUCGCUUCUCCACAUGCCCAAGGGACACCGGGGCCCACGGCCUCCCCCUCGACACCCCCACCCAGGUCCCCCGGCGAGCAGAGCAGCAGCCCCCCGUCAGUGACUGAGUUCCCCCCCACUUUCUUCCCCUUUCCCCUGCCUGGACCAGAACCGGCACCCCCUGUCCCCCUGACCCCAGCCCCCCUGCCGAGAAGGCAGACACGACCCCCAAGUCGGUUCAGAGACUUUGUGUGGUAG